AUGACGCGGGGUGUUACUCCCGAGUCUGUGGGCUUGGCAUCGGGUGCCACGUGUCUCUCCUGCAUGCAGCAGUUGCCAGGGGCCCCUCCUCUCUGCGCGAGAUCUGUGUUGGCUGCCGACGCAGCGGGAGCAGGAGCAGCAGCCGUUGCAGCAGCAGCCGUUGCAGCAGCAGCCGCCGCCGAGGGUCCCUUAGCCUCUUCGGGUCCUCUGCUGCGCUUCUCUGAGUGCAAGAGAGGUCGUUCGGAGAGCUGCGAUCCGCUGCUGCUGCUGCAGCAGCAGCGACACCAACAGCAGAAGCCUUGCGGCGCUGUUUACGCAGCCAUGUCGCUGCAGCACCCUCGAACGCCUCUCCAGUCUCCCGAGGAGGCUCCCGGGGAGUACCCUUUGCCGCAGCAAGCGGCUGCUUCCUUCUCGAACUCGGGGGGCCCCGGGGGGGCCCCCCUCACUUCGCUCAUGACGCAAGACUCGAAGGCAGCCAGUCCGCUUCUGCCUCAUGAUCGCAUGCACUGCACGAGGGCAGCAGCGGCUGCGGCGUCGCCGCCGCCGACUGCAGCAGCAGCUGCUGCUGCUGCUGCUGCCGCUGCCGCUGCUGCUGUCGACGUUCGCGCCGUGAGAGCGCGUCGUCAGCAGCAGCAGCAGCAGCAGUGCGCUCCGAGAACGCCUGCGGGGGGGCCCCCGCGGGGGGGCCCCCCUUCCCCCCCUUGGGGGGCGGCGGAGCCUGUCAGAGCGGCUCGUGGACGGAGGCAGUCAUGUUUCCGACGGAGUGGCUUGGUCGCAACGGGCGAAUCUGCAGACGACACGGCUUGUUGCGGGGAUGUCACCGGGGUGUCUACGCAGUCAACUUUCUGCGCGAAGACGAGGGCACCUACCGCUUCACCGUUCCCUUUCUGCUCACGAGACAGCUGCUGCAGCUGCAGCAGCAGCAGGAGCAGCAGCAGCAGCAACAGCAGCAGCAGCGCCUCCACAGCGUCCACGGCGACUACUCGCAGCAGCAGUGCGACGACGAGCCGCAACUCCCCAGGCGGCAAGGCGUGCGCAGGGGGAUCGGCUCUCCCCGGAGCUCCCCUCGCCGCCGCCGCUGCUGCCGUGAACGAAAUACGCAGCGGCCCCUUUCAGGGGUUCCCGGAGCCGACACUGACAGACGGCGAUCAAAUCGUGGAAGGCGUCCUUCGUGUUCUUACGGAGCCACUAGACAGCAUCCGCAGCAGCAAGAGCAGCAGCAGCAACAACAGCAGC